AUGGGCCAUAUAUCGUUGAGUGACGCGCAUCACUGGCUCGGGACGGGGCGGGACGGGAAACGGGACGGGACACGGGACACGGGACGGGACGAGAUUGAACGGGACGGGUCUAUUAGAGAUGAGCACAGUCAUACUUUUACAGAUAAUAUAUCUGAGCCAGUUUUUGAUAAGACAAAAGCAAAAAUUUUGAGCCUCACUGGAGUUUUACUUCUUCUGACGGUGGGCGGCCUUACAAUUGUGUUGGCUGCUCCAGCUGCUAAAACGGAAAAUCCUGACAGUAGAGAAUAUAAGUCUUGUUCACCUGUAGUCAUCGCUCACAGAGGUGCGAGCGGUUACGUUCCAGAACAUACCCUGGGCUCAUACGCACUGGCCAUCACAAUUGGGGCAGACUUCGUUGAACCAGAUCUAGUCAUAACAAAAGAUGGCCAUUUAAUUGCGAGACAUGAUAAUGAAUUGGGCCUAACCACAGAUGUUGGGAGUCAUCCCGAAUUCGCUGACCGCUAUCGAACACAGUGGGUCGAUGGCAAACAGAUUUCAGGAUGGUUCACAGAGGAUUUCACUCUCGAAGAAAUCAAAACAUUAAGAGCUAUAGAACGUAUCCCCGACAUACGACCUGGAAACGCAAGAAUGGAUGGUAUAUUUGAAGUGCCAACAUUCCAAGAAAUAAUUGACUUGGUGAAAAGUAUGGAGCCUAGUCAGAAAAGAAACAUCGGUAUUUAUCCCGAAAUAAAACACAGUACUCAUUUCGAACAGUUGGGAUUAAAAAUGGAAGAAUUAGUCGUAAAUACUUUCCAUGCAAAUGGAUACAGAGGCUUCGAAGCACCUGUGUACAUACAGUCUUUUGAAGUUAGCAAUUUAAAAGAACUGAGGGCAUUGACAGAUUUGAAAUUAUUACAACUGUAUGAAAGUGAUGUCACUCUUCGACCAGCAGAUCAAGUUGCUCGAAAUACUAACCUCACGUACGCGAAAAUGUUGACCCCAGAAGGAUUAAAAGAGGUUGCCAAAUACGCUAAUGCUGUAGGACCAGACAAAAGCCUUAUAAUACCUCGAAAUAAUGAUAAUACUUUGGGUGAGCCCACUAGUUUCGUAGCUGAUGCUCAUAAUGCAGGUUUACAAGUACAUCCAUAUACUUUCCGUGCUGAAAACGAGUUCUUACCCAAAGAAUUCAAAUCUGAUUCCUCUCGCAAUGCUAGAGGAAAUUUGAAAGGUGAAAUCGAAGCGUUUAUCGCAGCUGGUAUUGAUGGACUAUUUGCAGAUCAACCAGAUGUACCGGUCAUCCUACGUGGAAAGUGUUCCCACAAUUAA